AUGGAUCGAUCACUUGUAAUUCUCUCGGAGAUGUCGACGCAAAUUAACGACCAGUACGUCUACACGGAUCUGUACUUUGAUGCGCAUCAGCAAGCGCUAAUCGCAUUCACCGGAUCGGAUCUCUUGGAAUACUUCCAUGAUCUUGAAGCCUCGGCUACGCCGAAACGCGACCCGGGCGAUCAAAAGGUCAGCGACGACUCCAACUGCGUGCCCGAAUACUUGCAAGCCAUGAUGAGCCGUGUGCGACAAUAUUGCCUAUCGAAUUCAUCCGGCGGGCGCUCUACUUGGGCCGCUAUGUUGAACGAAAGAGGCUACACGGACAUCCAACAGGGCACCCUGGCGAAACUUUUGCAGCAGAAGUCCAACGCCAACAUGUUCAAAAGCCUAUCGCUGGAGUCGCGCGAACGACAUCUCGACGGAAUAAUUCGCUGGCUAAACCAGCGCGGCGAA